UUCUUUCUCUGUCUCCAUAGCUCUCCGAGAAACUAAAGAAGAAACAGGAGAGCUUUCUGCGUCUGCAGUCUGAGAAGGAAGCGCUCUACAACGACAGCAGGACGAAGAUUGAGGAACUUCAGCUGCGAAAGGAGGAGGAGCUGAAAUCUCUCAACGCCCGAAACCAGCGACUGCAGCAAGAGAUUCAAACAGCCAAUCAGAGCCUCGCCGACUUGAAGGAUCACACACAGAAACUACAGAAGGAGCACGAGGUGGUCCUGCAGACACUCCGUGACCAGGUCGAGUGUCAGAGUGCAGAGUGUCAGGAGCAGGUGGAGAGCAUCCUGUCUGAGAACGAUGCCCUCCGGACAGGUCUAGCAGCCUUAGAGCAGAUUCAGACGGCUAAGACCCAGGAGAUGAAUGUGCUGCGAGAUCAGGUCAUGUCACUCACUCUUGAAGUGCAGCAGCGACAGAGUGAUUUGGAGGGGCUCAUGGCCCAGAGGGAUGAUCUCAGCAGUCAGCUACAGGGGGUGAGUCAGUCCAAUGGCCUACUGCUGGAGCAGUCGCAGCAACUGGAACAAGACAAAGACCUGCUCCAGAAGGAAUUGGAGGAAGCCCGGAAGUCGGCUGAUAAGAGGAAGGCCAUGCUGGAUGAGAUGGCUAUUGAGACUCAGCAGGAGAAGACGCGACAUAAGGAGGAGGUCAGCAAUGUGAAGCUGCAGCACGAGAAGGAGGUGCUGGGAAUUCGUGCCAAGUACGAGAAGGAGCUUCGAGAGCUUCACGAGGAGAAGAACAGAGCAGAGGAGGAGCUGAGGGGACAGCUGAGGGACGAGAGGGUGAGGAGGAGGGGG